UCAUUUGAAGUUUGGUUUUGUUUGCUGAUGCGGCUGUGUGUCCAUUAAGUGUUAAUGAUGUUUAAUGCAUCUUUGUUUGAUGUUUCCGGAGUUAUUCAGGCUAUAAAAGAGCGCUGAGCAGCUCAUAAACACCAUCAUCUUCUGAUGAACAGCGUCUUCAGUCCACAGUCUGAUUCCAGGUCAGAUCAGGAGAUCAUCUCAUCGUGCAGCGAAUGAAGAGCUCUUCAAACACGUGAAACAUCUGUCAGUCUGUGUGCUGCUCCACAAACCUUCUGCUUCGACUCGCUUUGACCUGCAGAACAAACACACAAACUACUGUCAGUAACUGCUGCCUGUCAAGAUUUCAUGAAACAAUGGAACAAAACACCAGCUUCAACGGAUCAAGUGAAGAUUAUUAUGAUGAAGAGGAAUUGUUGCAUGAGCUAAAUGAAUUUGACAAGAAACACGAUAUUGCAGCAUCAUUAUUCAUCUGGGUCAUUUCAGCCAUUGAGAUUCCCAUCAUGAUCUUAACUCUGGUGGCGUUGUGUGCUCUUAUCAAAUCUCAGCGCUCUGCUCCAGUUUUUGUUAUUCAUUUGAUUCUUUCAGAUCUCAUUCAGAUCAUUUGUAUCAUAAUGAAGACAAUCGAUUUCACACCUGAAGUGUAUAUUGGAUUCAAGUUAUAUAUAUUCUUUAGGGCAUAUCAUUACAGUUUGAUUGCGGGUGUGUAUUUUAUGGCGUGUGUUGCUUUUGAACGAUAUCUUCUGGUUUCUCAUCCUAUCUGGUACAAAUCUCACCAUUCACUAAAAGUCUCCUGUGUUAUUUCUGUGAUCAUCUGGUUUGUUCCUCUGAUCUUUGUAGACAUAGACUUUGAUUCGCUGUCUUUUGGAUAUGUGAAGCGAUCGAUCGGCUGUUUUAUCCCCUACCCGAUAAUCAUUCUGUGUUUUGUUGGUACUCGUCGCGGUCUUUCACACGCAAUAUCUCUUACUUCUCUAAAGCGACGAUUGAUUUUGGGAAGUUUGUUCCUGGUGCUGCUGACUUACACAUUUCUCAUUCUCCCCUUUGUAAUCCUAGAUUUUAUUGUCACGACUUUUCCCAAGUUAAAGUACAGUUUAUUAUUUGAUAAAGUUUUUUUUUUUUCUAAACACCUCCUGUAUCUGAACCCACUCGCUGACUGUUUAUUGUACUUGUUCAUGAGGCCUGAUGCUGGUGAUUUAAUGAAGUCUGUUCGCUGCUGUUGUAGGACUGACACACAUCAGAAUUCGACACACAGUCGGGACGAACACUCUCGAGACAGUAGAGCCACGUUUGCCUGCUGUGUUUCAGUGCAAAAUCCUGCGUCUCGUUCACAGACCGCCUGCAGUUCAGUUUAAACAGAUGAAAUAGAGCUGAACUGAUGAAAUGAAGACAGUGUCAUUCUAUUCAUCACAAACAGGUUUAUCAGAGAAAACUCUCGAUUCAUAAAGAAAACACACACAGUAAAGAGAGUUUUAUCCAAAGAUGUAUUGAUGAACACUUACUGUUGAAGCUUCUGCUGACUUUCUGUAGCAGCAGUAAUUUCUCAUUCAAUGGAGAGGAGUUAUAAUCCAGAGUAGUGGAUCAAUGGUUUGCCUUCAUAAAGAGCGUCUCAUUGCAGUCGUGGGGAAAUGCUGUAGGAUCAAUGUUCCCGCAGUAAAACAGGUCCAACAGUCUGCUGGAUCCUCCACACACGAGCAGGUUUCAGCGUGAACACUGCGUUCAGCAUCAGUUCUGAUCACUACAUCAGUGCAGACGCACACAUGCACACAAACACCCUUUAUUCUGACUUAAUUUCCCGCUAGACUCACAGUUUAAUGUCAUAUUCCUGCUUGUCAGCUAGUGUUCGUAAUGCAUGUACAUUUAUCACACUCUUUUUAGCAGAUAAUUACUAUUCAUGCUAUUAAAAGGAUGAAAAAUGACACUUUACCUUCAUGUUGAUCAAAAGAAGAAUAACUUUCUUUCUACUGUGGAACAUAAAAGACAAUAUUUUGAGAUUAUUCUGUCCAUAUAUUGUAAGUCAGUGGACAGUUUUGGGUGAACAAUCCCUAAAAACACUUGAUUUCAAGUGCAUGAAGUAUAUCAGAAGUGUACUAAGUUUAUAUAAAUAUUAUCCAGGAGUUAUUAGUAAUAUUGUUGUGUUUAUAGAAGUGUUUCAUAUAGUUGACUGUAUCAUAUGGAGUCAGAGACUGUCCUGUAUUCUCUCUUUUCUAUCAUUAAUAUAAUUAAAGAGCUCCAGUUCUCCUGUA